AUGAAUUAUAUAGAAAGAAAUAAAAUUGAAACUAUAUAUAAGGAUGAUUAUACAGAUUUUACUAGACUUAGUGAUUUUGAAAUUUUUACAAAAGAUAUUUUAGUUAGCUUAAAAAAAUUAAAUAUUAAAGAAACAAAAAAAAAGUAUGAAAAUAAAUAUGCUUUUAUAAAUAAUGAAAAAAAUAAAACUUCUUUAGCACCCUUAUCUUUAGUUAUAAUUGUUGAAGAUAGCUGUAAAUUACUAAAAAAAUAUAUAAAAAAAGAUUAUAUAAUAAAAUUAAAUUACGUUUAUUUUCCAUAUAAUAAGUGCCAAAAAAUUUUCCCAUUUCAUGAUAGUUCAUACAUUUAUAAUAAAAAUGUUACAAUUGUAAAUUCUUUUUAUUGCUUACAUGGCAAUUUAAAUUGUUCAGAAGUAUCUUUAUUUCCAGCCCGAACUUUCCCAAUACAAAGAUUUUUUUUUGUUAAUGAAUAUAUAGAAUUAGAAAUUAAUGAUAAGAAUGGAUUAGAAGAUGAACGAUGUAUUAAUAUUGAACAUUUUUCUAUUAGUAGUUUAAUUUUAAAUAGCUUAAAAUUGGCUCUUAGUGAAUUAGAUAUAUCCGUACCUACAUUUAUUAUAAUAGAUAAAAAUGAACAUAUCUAUCAUGGUCAUUUUCAUACAAAUGAUUAUAUAUAUUAUAAAUGUAUAAAUCCCCUUAAACUAAAUCAUAGAGAAAACAAAAAAAGAAAUAAUAAAGAGCAAAAAAAAAAUAUUAGUUUAUGUAAUAAUGAAAAAAUAAAAAACUAUAUUGCAUUAUUUAAAGGUGUUGGUUUGGAAGUAAAUUACCAUUCCUUUAAAUUUUAUAAUUAUUUCAAAUGUUUCACUUUUGACCAUUUAUUAUCUUUGUUUUGCUUAUUUAUAUAUUUAGCUAAUAUAAAAGGAAACAAUAUUUAUAAUAUAAAUAUUCAUCUAAAAAAUAUAUAUUUAAUUGAUAAAUUACAUAAUUAUAAAUUUCCUAAAUCGUUAAAUUUAAAAAAUAAAAAAUAUGAUUUAUUAAAAAUAAAAGCAAAAGGAACAAAUGAAAAAUGUAAAAGUAAAUAUACUUUAAAAAAUAGAUAUAUGCUCAAUAUUUACAAAAAUAAAUUUUCUCAUAUAUAUUUAGAUAAUAUAUUUAAUUACAUAAAAAAAAAUAGAUACUACAGUAGAAAGUUAUACCUAUCUUAUUUUACUAAAAUGGAAAAAAAUUAUAAUGAUAUGGUUCUUAAACAAAAUAAAGAGAAUAAGAGGAAUAAUUACUUAUAUAAUAGUAAAAAUAACUUUUGUAAACAUAACUAUGUAAGCCCUUUCAAUAAAAUAGAAAAUACAGCUCUUCUCUCAGAUGAUGACUACAAGUUUUCUGACUAUUUUUCACUCUACACAUCUUCAUAUUCUAGUGUAACAAAUGAAAAUUUUAGCAUUAAAAAAAAAUCAACUUUUGAAGAGAUAAAUCAUUUAUUUGACAUUGUAAGGAAUCAUAAAAAUAUACCAAAAAAUGAUAAUUUUUUUUUGUCUAUAUAUGUUUUGAAUUUUAUUAAGAAUAUGCAACAUAAAAUUUUGAAUAAUAAUGAAAAUGAAAAAAAUAAAAUAAUUAAUAUUUGGAAAAUAAGAUUUAUAAAUAAUGAUAAAUACAAAGGAAAAAAUAGUUAUUUAUUGAAAAAUAUUUUGAAUUUGUACUAUAAUGAAUUAUCAGAAUUAAAAAAAAAAAAAAAUGAUAAAUCAUAUAAAAAUGAUCAAUCUAUUGAAAAUAUUAUAAUUAAAUAUAUACCGAUAAAAAAUAAAAAGUGGUUAAAACAUGAUGAAGCAUCCUCAUUCAACUGUUUUAAUAUAGAAGAUGAGUAUACAAGAUAUCAUAUAGACAGCAUUUUAAAUAACAUGUUUAGUAAUAACAAAAAAAAAAUAUACGAAUACAAUUAUUUGAGAAAGAAUAGGCUUAUUCACUUAGAAGAUAAAAAAAAUUUAAAUAAAGUAUCUUUAAAAAAAAAGAAUUGUUCUGAACCUUCUUACUUAAAUGAAAUAUUAAUAAAUAACAAUAUAUUGAACAACAAUGUGGAGUAUACACAUGAAAAUAGUUCUAAUCAGCAUAAGAAAAAUACAAAUUCUUUCUUUAAAAUCAAUCAAAGAUAUCAUAAAUUAUACAAAAACAACAGAGAAAGUUUUUGCUUUUUUUUAUGCAAAAAUCAUUUUUUAAAAAGGAAUUAUCUAUAUAAAAAAAAAAAAAAUAAAAUAAAAUUUUUAAAUUCUAGAAAAAAAAAUAUAAAAAAAAGAAAAAACGAAAAAAAAUUACAACAAAUUAUAAGAGACUUUUUAAUCAUUAAAAAAAAAUAUUUCUUAUGCCACCAGGAAGAAAAAAUAUCAAUUUUAUUUUGUUAUUUAGCAAGUCAUUCAAGUAAUAUCAAAACCUUUUAUUAUAUAUGGAAUCAAUUUUUCGAUAACUUAAGAAAUAAAUAUGAAAAUAAUGAAUAUAUUUUUAAUGAUCAUUUAGUUUUGUCAUAUGGCCCACUUAAUAUUUAUUCUUAUUCUUGUUCUAUUCUUUCUCAAUACAUUAAAGCAUUAAAUAUAUCAACACAACAAUUUAAAAUUAACGAAAAGAGAAAUCAAAUGAAACAAAAAAAAACAUUAAACUUUUUUUGCAAUGAAAGUAAUAGUUCUGUAUCAUAUAAUAACUCAAAUUUAUAUGAUUUCUUGAAUGAUAAUGAAAAUGAUACAGAUACAAAUAUUACACGUAAUAAGAGUAAUAGUUCUUCAACUAAUUUAAAAAACGAUAUUUUAAGUGAAAAUAUAAUUUUUUCAAGUGACAUGAAUAAUAAUGUAUGUAAAAAUGAGAUAAAUAAAAAUAACAAUUAUAAUUUUGAAUUAGAAUAUAUUAAAGAAUUUAAAGAUCCACUAACAAAAAAUUCGAUUAUAAACUCCGAAAAUAAUAAUAAUCUUAAUAAUAUUAAUAAUAUUAAUAUCAAUAAUAAUAAAUUUAAUAAUGAUUAUAUUGAUAAUAUUAAAAAUUGUAGAGAAAAAAAGAAUGUUAUUUCACUAAGAAAAAGAAAUGUAAAGGAAAAAAAAAUUGUCUUAUCGAAUUUCUUUCCAUUUCCUUUAAUUAAUAUGGAAUUGUUUAUAAGUAAAAAUAAUGUUUGUACAAAGAAUAUAAAUGAUCAAGAUGAAAUGAUUUUUUUAAUUCAUGAAAUAUUAAAAAAUAAGAAUAAAGACAAUUAUAACUUUACUGAUUUCAUAAAAUGGUAUAAAAUAAAUAUAGGAAAAGUAUAUACAUCUCAAAAUUUAUUGAAAUAUUGUUAUAAUUGUAUAAAAAAUAGCUACUUUGUUAAUAUUGACGCACUUUAUAUAAAAGAUAAGUAUAAGGAAAUAAAGAGGAAGUAUUAUAUGAAUAAUGAUUAUUUAAAAAACAUGUUCGAUUAUGUCAAAAAUAAUUAUGAUUAUAUAAAGAAAAUAAAGAGUCCAUUUAAUACUUUUUUUGUUGGUGAAUUAAAUUUAGAUAAUUUGUUAAAUAUGAGUAUUUUAGAUAUAUUAGAAUGUGUUUAUAAAAUAUUUUUUAUAUCAUAUAUCAGUUCCAUUAUGCAUUCCAAAUUAAUCUACAUAAAAAAAAUUCAAGAUAUUCUCUCAAAAUUAUUCACUAUUAUAAAAAAAUUGCAUAAAAAAAAAAAGAAAAAAAUGAAUAAUUUUCUAAGAUUUUUAUUAAAGAAAUGUAAUUCACAAAUGAAUGAAAAUGAACAAGAAUAUAUUCAACAAAAGAAUCAAAAAAAAGAACAGAGUAAUAAUGAACCCAAUGAUAUGAAUAAUUCUCCAAGUAAUAAUAAUUUGAUGAAAUGUAAAGAAAAAAAUAAUCCUGCUACAUAUAAUACGAAGGAAGAUAACUUUAAAGGUAAUAACAGUGAAGAUGAUUUUUGCAGCAUUAAUAAUAUAGACAAAGAAUAUGAUAAAAGUGGACGUAAAAAUAAUUUAAGAGAAAAUAAAAAUAUUAACAGUUCUGAAAAAAGUAGUAAUAAUAAUUUAGAUAUGAGUUAUAAAGAGCAAAGUUUAAAUUAUAAGAAUAACUACUGUAAUAGUAAAGAUGAGAACUAUUUCAAAAAUUUUCAUUUUGAUCAUGCAGAUGAAAAAAAAAGAACUACUUACAAUGAUAUGCAUUUUAUAAAUAGAAUUAGAAAAAUAUACAAAAAAAGAUACAAAAUAAUUUUUAACAAAAGACUAUUUAAUUUAUUCGAAAAAUGCGAAGAAUUAUACGAUAAAAGUGUUUGGCUCUUUAAAAUAUUUAGUAAUAACUUAAAUGAAAAAAAGAUUUUUAAGAUAAUAAAUAUUAUAUUAGAAUCUGAUGAAAAAGAAAUAAUUAUAAAACCAAAAUAUGAAAAAUACUUUUAUAACUUCAUAAAAAACUUAAGCUUAUAUAACAGUAGAAAUUUAUAUGAUAAAAAAUUAAGUAAUAAUUUAAAAUUUAAUAGAAUAAAUAGAUCAAUUUUACAGAAAAAUGAUACAAAUAAAAAUAAAAAAACAAAAAAUACAAAAUAUAACAUCAGCAAUUCAUAUCAAAAUUUUGGAGUAUCAGUAAAAAUUAAAAAAAAUGAAUCAUUAUUAAAACAUUUAAAUAAUGAACAAAAUAUUCUCCAUAAAGACAAAUUUUCUUUAUUAUUACAUUCAAAUAAUAAAGAGCAGAAUAUUCAGGAGUGUAUAAUAGAUUAUGUUGAUUGUAAUUUCUUAAAUCCUAUUUAUAAUAAUCCAACAAGAAUGUAUUGCAGUAUUAAUCAAUUUAAUUCAACGGUUUCAUUUAUCAAAGUAUCACCAACUUUAUAA